CGCCGGCAGUCGCGUAUCGAGCGCGCGUCAGUGUCAGUUGAAGUCAGUUGUCAGGUGUCGGCCGCAGAGACCGCGCGUGUGUUCAGUGCAGUGAGUGGCGCUCCACCAUGGCUCUGCUCAGACGAUUGGCCGUCAACGCGCCCCGAGGCGCCCGCGCGCUCGCCUCGGCGCCGCCGCCGGCGCGCGACGAACUCGACCUAACCUUCAGCAGCCCCAAAGAUGCCUUCAAGAGUAAAAAGACGAGCGAGCUGGUGCGCGCGUACCUCGUCUACCAGAUUUGCUCGGUCAACUGGAUCGUGGAAAACAACGACAUGCUGAUGAAGCGGACGAGGCAGCUAAUCGGCAAGAAGCUCUUCGAAAUGAUCAUGAAAGCGACGUUCUACGGACAGUUCGUCGCUGGCGAAGACCAGAACAAGAUCCGACCCACAGUUGACAGACUUCGAUCGUUCGGCGUCAAGUCCAUCCUAGACUACUCCGUGGAAGAGGAUCUCUCCAAGGAGGAGGCGGAGAAGCGAGAAGUCAGCGCUUCAAUCUCUCAAAGCGGAGAUAAGAAGGAGGAGGGGCAGCUAAAGCAAUACCACGUGGAACAACGAUUUGCCGAUCGCCGGUACAAAGUGCACAGUGCGAGGACGUACUUCUACCUCAACGAGGCAUCGUGCGAGAGGAAUAUGGAGGCAUUCCUUAAGAGUAUCCAGGCUGUGGCCGAAACCACUGAUAGCACCGGCCUCAUGGGGAUCAAAUUGACAGCGUUGGGAAGACCUCAGUUGCUGCUGCAACUGUCCGAGGUGAUAAUGCGCGCGCGCAGCUACAUGCAUCAGAUGGUCGGUGGCACAGGCAACGUGCUGACCCACCACAAGACCAUCGAGGACCUGCAGCGGUACUUCGGGGACCACAGCUCUAAGCCUGAGGUCCAGGAGUUCAUGAAGCAGAUCACUUCGGAUAAACAAGGCAUCGUGCAUUUGUUCCCGUGGUCAGGAAUCCUUGACAAGGACAUGGGCCUGUCGGACUCGUUCCGAGUGCCGGACCCCAAGACCGGUCAGAUGAGGCGGCUCAUCUCACAGAUCCUGCCUAAGGAAGAAGAGAUGUUCCGGAACAUGCUCCGGCGGCUCAACCACAUCAUCCAGAUCGCCAACGAGGCCGACGUGCGCAUCAUGAUCGACGCCGAGCAGACCUACUUCCAGCCGGCGAUCAGCCGCAUCUGCCUCGAGAUGAUGCGCCGGUACAACAAGGACAAGUUCCUCGUGUUCAACACGUACCAGACCUACCUGAAGAACGCCUACAACGAGAUACUGACCGACCUGGAGCAGGCAGAGCGGCAGAACUUCUACUGGGGCGCCAAGCUCGUCCGCGGCGCUUACAUCGAACAGGAGCGCGCGCGAGCGGCGGCCAUGGGCUACGAGGACCCGACGUGCGAGAGCGUGGACGCCACCACGACCUCCUUCCACAAAUGUAUCAAGGAGAUCCUCUCCAGGGUCAAGGGCCGCGAGGGCAAGGGCUCACACCUGGGCAUCAUGGUGGCCAGCCACAACGAAGACACGGUGCGCUUCGCCAUCGAGCUGAUGAAGCAGCACAACAUCCGGCCCGAGGACAAGGUCGUUUGUUUCGGCCAGCUGCUCGGCAUGUGCGACCACGUCACCUUCCCGCUUGGUCAAGCCGGCUACUCUGCCUACAAGUACGUCCCGUACGGGCCCGUGACCGAGGUGCUGCCGUACCUGUCCCGGCGGGCCAACGAGAACCGCGGCUUCCUCUCCAAGAUCAAGAAGGAGAAGAGCUUGCUGCUCAAGGAGAUCGUGCGCCGCGUCUUCACCGGCCAGAUGUUCUACAAACCCGUCGGCAACUACAGACCGGUGUAAAAACAAAAGCGCGCUGUAGUCUUUUCCUUUGCGGAGUGCCCGAGUGUAGUGUCUCGGAGCGGAUUGUGAUAUGGAUCAUCGGAGUUGGUUUGGGAUACUGGCCGGUUGGAAUGUCAAACGUUUCGAAAUGAAACUGAAAUGAGGUUAGAAGCGAAUGUUUCUUGCAGUUGGCAACACUGAUAAUUAUUUCUGAAAAUAGCACAGACUGCUGAAGUGUGCGAAAGAGAGCUGUCACGUAUAUGAACAUCCCACACAAAUAAACGUGACCAUUUUUGAGUUCGACAGCGGCUGCUAGCGGCCUACUCAAUUUAAGUUUAACGGAUUAAUCGCAUUAUUCGGUACAAAGGUUGUAUUUAGAGGAUACAGUGGGUUAUUUCCGCUUCGAUUAAACAAUUACAAAAGCAAAUUAUUCACGUUUUAUACUCCCAAUGAUACUUGAAAUUGUUCUAGUUUUGGUCUCACUUUCGAUAUUUGGCAGUUCUUCUUUGUCAUUCUACUUCUAUUGUUCUUUCUGAGAAUUGAACAGCGGUGCCAUCUAUGAGAGAUUCGUUGACUUGGCAAAAUUACUAGCGCCAUCUAUGACUUUGUACCCUCAUUAAAAUUGCAUAUUUUCAAACGUUUGACGUAUUAGGCCUACCGAGAACGUUAUAAGUGAGAUACACAUCUCACUCACGAAAACGACUUUAAUGAAUUAGAAUGAGAAAAUUGGUGAUCGACACUGGCAGUUCCAUUUUUAAUUUUGUUACUAGUCAAUGGAAUGAAACGGUCAGUAUAUUCGAAUGUCGCCUAUCGUCAAUGUGCGUGUGAACGGGUCAAUUCAGCAGUAGGAGCUUUUCAUGAAAAAGUAGGCAUACUGAUGUCCCAUACAAUCGCAAAUUUUGAUCUUUUUCUAUGUUGUGUAGAAUUAUACACAGAAAAAUGAUCACCUUGCUUUAAACGCCUAAAUAAAAUAAUGCGUUUGAAAGCGCGGAAAAAAAUCGCAAUGCUAUAAUGCGUUUGUACGGGACGGCCCAUGGAAUGCUCCGGUACACGAGUAUAAUAUCUAAAAAAAAAGUAAAAUAAGGUUUAUGUCAAAAUGGAUCAAAUGUUACAAACGUGAAUGUAUCCCACUUGUCAUAUUAGGAAAUUAAUUGUAUUUAUUUAAAUGCUUAAUUUAUUGAAAUAGAAAUGGUAAUCGACUUACAACGUAGUUGAAAAAAUCCAAGUUAACUUAAAUAGUUGUACUUGUCUAAUUUACAGGCAAUUACAAAAUCAGCGUCGUUUUGUGCUAUAUUUAUAGGAAUUUUACAGAUUCUAUCAAUUAUGCGUCCUAUUACUGAGUUUUUAAGAACUUGAUAUUGUGUUUUAUUUUAAUGGUUGGCAUUGAAAUUCGUUCCAUUUUUUGUGUGAUGUUUUAAUCUGUAUUCGAACUUAUGACUCGUUCAAGCAAGGUUUUAGUUUAACACUCUCGAGUCUGGUGCAUGGAUGGACUUUGGUGACAUAAUAAGGCCUGUAACGUUAUUAUUAUAAAAAAACGAAUACUUAUUUAUUUAUCUAUUAUUUUAUAUAUUAAUCAUAUGUACGAUAAACUAUAUGGUUUUAUACACACUCAUACUCAUCGUAUAAUAUGUAUGUUAAUUAAACUACGUAUACAUAUAUUACACAAAUUAAUUAUAUAAAUUAUACAUUGUCUGUUAUAUCGGACAUUAUGUAAGUUACUUGCCUUAAGAUAUCACCUAUAAGUGUGUCUGUGUGUUACUAGUAUAUCGGAGAGAUGUAAGAUAUUUAAUUUAGACAAUAACAAAUUGCGUAGACUUUGAUUGUUUUAAAAUCCUAGAUUAUAAAUAAACAAAAUGAAAAAAUGGAAUUUAUAAAAAUGGUAUUUCUAUUAAUAAUAUCUCAGACAGAUGUAUCUUAAAAUAUCAAAAAUGAUCUUUUUUCAAAAUCUCGAAAUUUUUAAAUGUUUCUGGAGAGCGUCCAUUAUGAUAUUUUUGAUUCAGUUUUGUUAAAAAUUCACCUCGGUGGUAUCGUAGAAGAUAUCACCGUAUUGAAGUUUUGAUGAAGCUGUUUAAUUUGUUGUUACUAUAAUUGAGUUACUACAACUGUAAUACUAAAAUCCCAGAUUGAUCAAUACUUGUACUAUUUAGAAUAUAGUAUCGAGUAUUAAUCUUUACGCCAUAUUUUCGCUGUCAUCGACAGGAAUUGCAUAAGUCACAGAAAAAGCAAAGAUUACAAUUCACGAUCGGAAAGUGGCGCCCUCUGUUAUUCUGGCACGCAGUCGUAAGCUUCUUUGCAAUAUUAGGUUAUUCAAUGUCGCGUUUGAACAACUAUUUACUUAAAUCGAAUACGAAUGCAUUUUAUUGUGUUCCAGUUAUGAUAUAAGUUAGGAAUCUGAAUUUUUCAUGUUAUUUAUUAUGUAAUAUAGAUAGCUGGCCCACUGAAUUGUCCUACCUCUUAUAUUAUGGGCUGUAUGUAAGCGAAGCUAUGAACUGGGGUUAUCACUACAAAUAUGACUGUAAAUGGGGAUAAUACCUACUUUGAGCUGGAUUUACUAUUAAACCCAUUUGAAAACAGGAAAGUUGAACCUUAGUACAAAACAUGCUUGUUUUAAGUAGGUUUUGAUCGCUGUGUAUAACCCAUAUGUAAGGCGGAAGUCUAAGGAACGAAUGCCACGCAAAUUUUAUUAUUUGCAUAGCACGUUGAUAAUCUCCUAUUGCCACCUCAAAUCAGUUCCUAUUUAAUUGAUUUAGGUUCAAUUUUAUUUGAAAUUAUUUGUUUUUAUUUGCUUUGUAAAAAUAUUGUUAAGUUGCAAAGCCAUAAGAUUCAAAUAGUAACAAAAGCCUCGACGUAAAUGACGACAUAUUUAUCACAUGUAUUUGAACCUAACAUAUACAUGAUACUUGUAAUUAUGAUGUAAGUAUCUGGGUAUAACAUUUUAAAGAAAAGCGUAAUAAUGCCGCACAUUUGCAUUUGUACAAUAUGUGUCCUAAGCUACUUCCUUGGGGCACACCAUACUUACAGUUUUAAUGACAAAUGGGAAUCAAGUGUAUACUUGUGUUUCUGACAUACAUAUUAGAACAAGUAUAUAAUUAUUACAUAAAAAUGAAUAAAUAUCUUCGGGGAGUAAACGUGUUUGAUUUAUAUUUUUUAAGCUUUACUGAGUCAAAUGCCUUGAAUAAGUCUAAUAUUAUUUAUUGGUUGAAAAACAUGUGCAAAGUAUGUGAAAUUGUAGAAUCUCAUUGCAUUUUCAGUAUUAAUUUUUACGUCGGGGUUUUUUAAAUUGUUAAUUUCGUAUUAUAUUGUUUAAUUCGAUUUAUUUGUAAACGGUUUUACGUUCUUUACCGUCGCUUAUCAUAAUUGUGAUGCUAUUUUUAGAUUAUUUUACGAAUAGACAUUUAAUAAAGACAUAAGCUCGUUUUUGAUAAUU